AUGAAAGAAAAUUUGGAUGCCUGUUCUGAGAAAAAGAAUUCCGAGAAGGCACCAAAUAUUGAUUUGAACACUUUCCUUUCCAAAGUGGAAGAAGAUGUUGAUCAUCGAGCACAGACAAUCCUUCGAGCAAUUAAAUCAAAGGAUACUGAUAAACUAGCCACCGCUACGAAAUCUUAUUUCAACGGAUUUUGCCAUGAACAAAUUGGAUGCACUCUCGAUAUCACGGACAAAGCCGUCAACAAAACGAUUGAUGUUUGUGGAUCGAAAAUCGAUUGGGCUAAAGAGCUCGGUGAUGUGUGCUCGUGUGCUGAGAAAGCGGGAAUUAGUGUUCUCCACGAUUACUGUGGAAUGCUUGAUGAGUUCUCGGAC